AUGGAUUUAAAUCCGAAAUAUGAAAAAGGUGAAAAAUUACUUUGUUUCCAUGGUCCUCUUAUGUAUGAGGCGAAAUGCUUAGACGUCAAAGUGAAAGAAGAUGGUGUAAUAUAUUUUGUGCAUUACCAAGGUUGGAAUAAGAGCUGGGAUGAAUGGGUGACUGAAAAACGAAUGUUCAAGUAUAAUGAAGAGGGCUUGAGAAAAAAACAAGAAUUAGAGCGACAAAUGAAAUCCGGGAAGGUUAAAGUUUUAAGAAAGUCUGAAUUAAAGUCACAGUCAUUGCCACCUCCAGAAGUCCUGGAGGACGUUGAACGGACACUGAAACCUGGUCAAGUGAAAGAAGAGGAAGGUCCUCCUAAGGCCAAGAAUAUAAAGACCAGCCGGAAAAUUGAUGCUCGUGUCCCUGUUGAUAUGAAAGAGACUGAAGAUACUAAACCACCCAUUAAGUGUUGUGAAGAUUCGAACGCAUCGUCUACUCCACCUGUCACAGUAACAAGUAGGAGAAGAAAAAGCCGGGUGUCAUCAGUGCUAAAGUCUCUUGAAAAUGAAGAUGGCCUCUCUCAGCCGCGUUUGUCGAUGUUACUGCCUCCAUGUUUGAAAUCUUGGCUUACAGAUGACUGGGAUUUGAUUACUCGGCAGGCUCGGCUUUAUGAACUGCCUGCUUCUCAGCCAAUAUGUAAUAUUUUAUCAGAUUUCUUAGAAAGUUCUGAGGCGAGAAUGAUUAAAUCAGAAUCAACACGUGAAAUAAACAACUAUACUUCUGAGUCUGAGAACACUCAACUAAACACUAACGUGCCAAUAGACCCGGGUGUCAGGCGUGAAUUUGUUGCUGGAAUUCAGCAUCUUUUCAAUCUUACUAUUGGUUCUCAUCUUUUGUACAAAUUCGAGAGAUUACAAUACGCUGAGCUAUUGAAACAGCAUACAGGCAAGAGAAUGUCAGACAUUUAUGGGUCAAUUCACUUGUUGAGGUUGUUUGUUAAACUCCGAGACAUGGUUUCAUUCGUCCGAUUCGAUGAUCAUAGUUUGCCUAUGCUAGAAGGUUUAGUUGCUGAGUUUUUGCAGUUUCUGAAACAAAAUGAAACCGUUACUUCCGAAUCGAGGAUUACAGUGUGA